AUGGACGCCUUCAAGGGGGGCAUGAGCCUGGAGCGGCUGCCGGAGGGGCUCCGGCCACCGCCGCCACCGCCGCACGACAUAGGGCCCGCCUUCCACUUGGCCCGCGCCACCGACCCUCGCGAGCCGCUCGAGAACUCGGCCAGCGAGUCGUCCGACACGGAGCUGCCAGAGAAGGAGCGCAGUGGGGAACCCAAGGGGCCGGAGGACAGCGGUGCAGGCGGCGCGGGCUGCGGCGGCGCGGAGGACCCUGCUAAGAAGAAGAAGCAGCGGCGGCAAAGAACGCACUUCACAAGCCAGCAAUUGCAAGAGCUGGAGGCCACGUUCCAGAGGAACCGCUACCCCGACAUGAGCAUGCGGGAGGAGAUCGCCGUGUGGACCAACCUCACUGAGCCGCGCGUGAGGGUCUGGUUCAAGAACCGGCGAGCCAAGUGGCGGAAGCGCGAGCGCAACCAGCAGCUGGACCUGUGCAAGGGCGGCUACGUGCCGCAGUUCAGCGGCUUGGUGCAGCCCUACGAGGACGUGUACGCCGCCGGCUACUCCUACAACAAUUGGGCUGCCAAGAGCCUGGCGCCAGCGCCUCUCUCCACCAAGAGCUUCACCUUCUUCAACUCCAUGAGCCCGCUGUCGUCGCAGUCCAUGUUCUCGGCACCCAGCUCCAUCUCCUCCAUGACCAUGCCAUCAAGCAUGGGCCCUGGCGCCGUGCCUGGCAUGCCCAACUCGGGCCUCAACAACAUCAACAACCUCACCGGCUCCUCGCUAAACUCGGCCAUGUCGCCGGGCGCCUGCCCGUACGGCACACCCGCCUCGCCCUACAGCGUCUACCGGGACACGUGCAACUCGAGUCUAGCCAGCCUGCGGCUCAAGUCCAAGCAGCACUCGUCGUUCGGUUACGGCAGCCUGCAGGGCCCGGCCUCGGGCCUCAACGCGUGCCAGUACAACAGCUGA